UCCUAUGCUUCUAUCUUCCUUUGCUGUUCUAUGCUUCCACUUGCCCAUUAGCUGGGCUUUCAUAUUUAAGUUGGAGCUUGGAAACAUAGGAGCUGCUAUAGCCUUCAGUAUAUCCUCUUGGUUGUAUGUCCUAUUUCUUGCAUUUUAUGUCAAAUAUUCAAGCUCCAGUGAGAAGACUCGAGCGCCUUUCUCCAUAGAUGCAUUCCUGUAUCAGACAAUUCUUCCGUUUGGCUGUCCCUUCUCCUGUGAUUGUUUGUAUGACUGGCAACACUCUUAUUGUAGCCUAAAAUGGUAGUCACUUGAGGUGCUUACUUUGCUAUCAGGCCUUCUACCAAAUCCAACACGUGAGACAUCAGUGAUGUCAACAUGCUUAACAAUUUCAACAUUACACUUCACUGUACCAUAUGGCUUCGGAGCUACUGCAAGAUAGCUUACAAGCUGUCAUCUAGUUCCAAGCAUCCAUCUUUUGAUGUGUCAUAUUUACUAGCAAAGCACCAACGUGGCGGGUAUAGCAAGAGGAAGCGGGUGGCAGCAUAUCGGGGCAUAUAUAAAUUCAGGGGCAUUUUAUUUGGUAGCAAUCCCCUUAGCAGUGGUGUUAGGAUUCGUUCUACAUUUGAAAGCAAAGGGUCUUUGGAUUGGAAUAGUGGUUGGUUUUACUGUACAAACCAUCAAUCAUUCUAUCUAUUGUUACAAGUUUCACUGAUUGGGAAAAGCAGGCAAAGAAGGCAAGAGAAAGGAUACACGAAGGAAGAUCUUAGGUUCUAUUUUAUGCUAUUGGCUACAAACUCAAAUCUGAUUAGCUGCAAAUUCCAUGCUUUAUAUUAUCCAAAUUUCAGAAAGUAAUCAAUGUAUGAAGGUGCUCCUGCAAAAGGGAUAUAGUGAGAGCCUGUGGAUCUGUUUUUAAGUUUGACUACUUAGUGUCUAUGAAAGAACGAGGCA